AAAUUAGAACAUAACCUGUUAGUCAUUGUUUUGUGAAAGUAUCAUAAUACGCGUUUAGAACGAAAACAAAGCACGAUUGCGACUCGUACAGACAACGAUGAACAGGCAGCAGCAGAACUAUGGCUCGAUUUCGGGCUCACCCGUGGCGUUCGUUGGUACAAACGCCCCCGAAUUCAAUAAUCUGUGCGAUUCGGUCGUCACCAACAUCUACACAAUAAACCAGAGCCUGAAAACGCUGGACAAUGCUCUCAAAACGAUAGGCACGAAACGUGACAAUCAGGGACUGAGAAACAGUGUUCAUGUAACGCAACUGAGCACAAAUCAAAUUGCUUCCACCACAACAAGGGCGCUUAGUAAAUUGAAGAACUUGGUCUCGAAGUCGGGCAAACAGGAACAGUUGCAGGUGGAGAAGUUGGAGGAGAAUUUCAAAGAAGCAAUCAACAGAUAUUACAGUCUACAAAAACAAGUAGCUAAUAAACAAAAGGCACAUUUGUUGGUGUCAGUGAGUAUAGAAAAUGAGCCAACAACACCAGAUGAACAUCCAGAUCUGCAGCAACAGGCCCAGAUGGCCAGAGAACUCGAAUUUGAACAAGAUAUGGCAUUGGAAAGGGAGGCUAGAAUUAAACAGAUUGAAUCUGAUGUACUGGAUAUCAAUGAAUUGAUGAGGGAAUUGGGUUCAGUGGUACAUCAACAGGCUGAAACUAUAGACACAAUUGAGAACAGUAUUGAUCAUGCUGUUGGUAAUGUUGAGGAAGGUACAGAACAGUUGAUAAAGGCGUCAAGAUAUGUGAGCAGAAGAAGGAAAAGAAUGUUGAUUUUGUUAGGAAUUGGAGUUGUGAUAAUUAUUAUUUUAGUAGGAAUAUUAGUUGCUGAACUGAAAUGAUUAGUAUUAAGUGUAUGAUGUUAUCCAAAUCUGGACCAGGAUAAUAUUGUGAUGGUCAUUAUUUUCUAUUUAAUAUUAUUAACUCUAUUAUGUAAUCAUUUUAAGAACUGUUAUUUACUUAAUUGCUUUUUUCUAUUUACCAUGAAUAAUAUAGUGUAUAACAUUUUAUUGAUACUUGUGAUUAUUUUAUUUAUAGGAAUCUUUCUAUAGGAAUAAAUUGAUACAUAAAUAUAUA